AUCCCCCAAAUCCCAACACCAUCCAUCACCCGCGAACCACUCGUAGCUAGCCGAAUCCCCCGCACUGCUCGCUCCCUCCGGCCAUGGCGCGCGCCGGCGUCUCCACCGCGCCGCUCUCCCGCCUGCACUCGCUGCCGCCGCCGCGUCCCGCGCUCCUGCACCACCGCCCGCAGCCCCACGUGCUCCUCCGCCCCCAGCGCAAGGCUCCCAGCACCGCCGCCGCGGCGCUGCCGACAGCCGCGGACCUCCCGCCGCUGUCCUUGCCCGCGGCCGCGGCCGCGGCCGCGGCGCUGGCGGCGGCGGUGUCUCUCUCCGACCCGGAGCGCCGGCGGCGCGCGCAGGCCGAGGCCGCGGGCGGCGGGGACAAGGAGGCCGUCCGCGCCUACUUCAACUCGACGGGCUUCGAGCGGUGGCGCAAGAUCUACGGGUCGGCGACGGAGGGCGUGAACCGCGUGCAGCUGGACAUCCGGGAGGGCCACGCGCAGACAGUGGCCAAGGCGCUGGCCAUGCUCCGCGACUCGCCGCUGCAGCUGGCGGGCGCCACGGUAUGCGACGCCGGGUGCGGGACGGGGUCGCUGUCCAUCCCGCUGGCGGCGGAGGGCGCGGACGUGCUGGCCUCCGACAUCUCCGCGGCCAUGGUGUCGGAGGCGCAGCGGCAGGCGCAGGCGGCGCUGGCGGCGCAGCCGGCGGGGUCCCCGUUUCGAAUGCCGCGGUUCGAGGUGCGCGACCUGGAGAGCCUCGAGGGGCGGUACGACGUGGUGGUGUGCCUGGACGUGCUCAUCCACUAUCCGCGGGAGGAGGCGCGUGCCAUGAUCCGGCACCUGGCCUCGCUCGCCGGGAAGCGGCUGCUCAUCAGCUUCGCGCCCAGGACGCUCUACUUCGACCUGCUCAAGCGCGUCGGCGAGCUGUUCCCGGGCCCGUCAAAGGCCACGCGCGCGUACCUGCACGCCGAGCGCGACAUCGAGGACGCGCUCCGCGAGGCCGGGUGGCGCGUCGCCAACCGGGGCUUCAUCUCCACGCAGUUCUACUUCGCCAAGCUCUUUGAGGCCGUGCCCGCCGGCUCCUCGUCGUAGCCGCAGGCGUGCGUGUUUCCCUGACGCAAACUGUGGAUAGAGAAUCGAGACGACACCGCAGUGGCUGUUUCUGUUUGUACUAGCAAUUCAAAUUUUGCUGUCGAGCUUGUAGAUUACUGCAGAUUGAAGAAGAGUUGUGCUCUGAAAGGAACCUUCGUUCACAAA